GUUGUAUAAAUACAUUGACACUUCCUGCAUCCACCCUUUGGCCUUGACGCUGUGAAUACGUACAUGCUCGUCCGAGUGUCUUGGUCUUUGGAUUUCACUCACAUCCUUUGAUAUUCUAUUUGAUUUGGAUCUCCUUUAUACGGUCCACCAUGACUGUCGCAACUCUGCAAGCACAAUCUUCAUCUACUUCCGCAUUUCCGCAUCGUUCUCAUACGCACCCGCUGCACAACACGGGGCCCGGGCGACGAGUGAAGAAAGGCGAACCUUUUGAUCCUGCGGAGCUAUGUCGGCGACUCGAGCAGCACCGUAAGCAAGACGAGGAAGCCCGCCGGCGACGGAGCGAGCGAGCCGAAAAAUAUGCUGCCAAGCAGCAGCCUCAGCAACCGUCGCAGCCGUUCCGAUACACUCCGCAAUAUGCGGCCGCAGACUUUGCUGCUACCUCCAUGCCAGAUCCAGUUACACAUGAAUCAGUCCACAUCUUGGCGCGACCAGUGAUUGAUCGAUUUCGCUCCCGUCCAACGGUGAAAGAGCCCCAGCAUGGGUUCUCGCCAUCGCAGCUGUCGGCGCGGCUGGAGGCCGUCCAGGCGGACAUGGAUUCUAAUGCGGAGCGCAAUCAAUUCCAACGGACGCGCAUCCUGCAGGAUGCAGCCAACCGAGAGGAGAAGCAAGGCAACUCGCCUCGUCACUCACGCCAGAUCGAUGAGCGACCAUUGAGCAUGGGCGACCUGGAUCUGGCGCAGCUGAUGCCGAAGCAACACAGGUCCCACUACGUCCCUCCCGCUAACGACCGCCCUAACUGGGCCGAGACCGACGAAUGCGAGGAGCACCACAAACUUCAUCAUCUAUUUGAGCGUAUCCAAUCCUUUGGCGGAAACUUGUCGGACAGUACGUCAAAAAGAUCAUCCAAGGCCAUUGGCAAGGACAGACUUGGCAAGCUGGUCUCGCCGCCCGUGCAGCAGAGGGAACCAGCCCGACGCCGUUCUAGCAUCAUGGGUCUUUUCAAGAAAGCUUGAGAUUUCCCCCCUUGCGUAAUACUAUCUAUUUCUCCGGGGUCGAUAAUGGAGUUUUCACGACGAUACGAUUAUCAGGAUUUCCCCCUUGACCUUAUGAGCACCACGCAUUAUACCAUUCUCUACGGAGAUUUAUUUAGAAUAAUGAAGCUUGAGCGCAACGAUACGAAUGGCAAUAUGCCCCGGAUAUUUGGCCAUUACUUACCUAGUUCUUAAACAAAGCCUUUUUGAAAAUCCAAAACUGUAUUCUUCUGACUCAGUGACAAAUGGGAACAAGUGUAUUCUUCUGCUGUCGAUCCAUAAAAGUGACGCCAGAACGGCCGAGCGUAACAUACAGUAGAUUCCGACGCAGCAACUUGAUAAGCUUAACAUGCAGAUC